GUUACGGAAAGAGCCGAAUGUCGACGGAACCGUAGAGGCGAGUUUGCAAACAUUUGGAUUGUUUGUGCCCAAGAGGAAAUCGUAUCGGGCAUACCUAUUCGUUUCUUUACGUCAUCGUGAACUAUGACUGACAAUAACAAUGACCAUGUAGAUGCUUUGGGAGCACCUCCUGGGGCAGAUGAAGUUGAUGCAAGAGGAGGACAAGGAGGAGGUGGACAAGCAGGUGGACAAGCAGGUGGACAAGCACCUGUUUACACAGAGGCAGAGUUCCUUGCUGAAAAAUACAAGAUGAACCACGCGAAUCGGGGCCUGGCUGUUAUUCUCAACAACCGCGAUUUUGACCGCCACACAGGCAUGGGAAUAAGGACAGGAACUGACGUAGAUGCCUCAAGUAUAUAUCAGCGGCCUCAAAGCUCUCGGUUUCACAGUGCAGAUGCAUACAAACAAGACAACAGGAGAGAUGAAAACCAUUAUGGAUAUCGCUCAUCUCCGCGCAGGUCUCCGCGCAGGUCACCCUACAGACGCAGUUCGCCGGGCCACUCGCCACACAGAUCUCCACGCAGGUCUCCGCGCAAGUCUCCACGAAGGUUGCCACACAAGUCUCCGUGCAGGUCUCCGCGCAGGUCUCCACACAGGUCACCACAGUCACAAAGGACUCCACCUCCAUCACCAUCGGAGGAGGAUCAACGUCCCUUACUUAACACUCCUGUCAUUGAGGAUGACGGUGGGAUCAUCUUUUCGGACGCUGAAAUACGCUACUGGAUGGCCAACGGUCUAGACUUGGCAUCACCAUCUAAGGAUGAUAAUCCGGCUCAUACCUAUCUCAUGCAGGAUGAUGAUGUCGACACGAUCACUCUCCCUCCGAUGGAUCCCAUCGCAGCGGUCCCAGAGAACCUGGACGCAGCCUUCAAGUCAGCCACAAAAGCCCAGGCGCCGCAUCUACCACAGUUCAACGCCAAAAAGUUCUCCUUCCACAACAUGGAUCCAUUCCUGAAGAAGAAGGACCAACAGUUUAUGACAGACCAUCUCUCAUCCAUCUCCGCAGCGCUGACACUGGCACGUCGACAAGGUCUCCUCGCCUCCUGCAGUUGGAGUGAGCACUUUACCAAGUCACUCUACACAGCCCCGUGGUCAACUCCUUCGAUCUUCGCUGGAGGAAUCGACGAGGUUGCCAAGGAAGUUACCAAAGACUCGAGGGAGGUCCUAAUGAUCAAGUCCAUAGAUACUCUGGCCAGCGUCAUCAGGCAGACAUCCCAGCGCUACUCGAGCAAGUCCAAGUUUCCUGGGAUACAGAGAGCACGGGACAAGAAAAUGGCCGCCAGUCAAGACUACUCUAACAGCGACUGCUUCGCCUGUGUCAUCCUGUCUCAUGGAGAGGAGGGGGCUGUCUAUGGUACAAAUGGACCCAUUGAAAUCAAGGACCUUGUAGACCCAUUCAAGGGACAUAGAUGCCUGUCACUUGCAGGCAAACCUAAACUGUUCUUCAUACAGGCAUGUAGAGGACAAGGCCUAGAUGAAGGUGUUGAUGUCAGCGAUGCUCUAGGAACAAAGGGAGAUGGAGACGAUGAUGUUGAGAUGGCCCCCGUCACCUACAGGAUCCCCACAGAGGCAGACUUCCUCAUGGCGUACUCUGUCGUCCCAGGGUAUUUCUCGUGGCGGAACUCAUCCCGGGGUUCCUGGUUCAUCCAGGCCUUGUGUGUUGUUCUGGAAAAGUAUGCGGAAAAAAUGGACGUCAUGACAAUGAUGACUCGAGUGAACAAACUUGUAGCGUAUGACUUCGAGUCAAAUGCAAGCAAGGAAUUCAUGAAUAGGAAAAAACAGAUACCUUGUAUAACCUCGAUGUUGACGAAAGAUUUAUAUUUCCCACCAUGUAAUUGAAUAUGGAAAUGGAAGUUGUCUUUCUGAUUGAAUCCAAAACAGUUCAAUGCCUGUCAAGCUGAUGGUGGAUAAAGAAAAUAAGGAAACGUUUGCAGGUGUUAAAGUAUAUUUUUGAUGUCAUUGAACAUGUUGACAUAGGGACUGUUGGGGGAGGGGGAUGAUGAUGAUUUUAAGGGGAGGUCACCCAUUUUUAUUCUGCGGAGGUAGGGGGGUCAGCAAUUUUGCCCACAUGUACUGCGGGGGGCUCAGCAAUUUUGUACAUAAAAAUAUAAAGAAAUUAUGCUUAAAACUUUUGGGAAGGGGGCGGGUGGGGUCAUUGAUUUUGUACAUGAGAUGCAGGGGGUGGGGGGUGUCACUUUGUAAUGAAAUUUUAGUGGGGGUCAUUCAUAUUGUACAUGCUUCUGCAUAAAUCAUCAUCAUCAACCCACCCCUCCCCUGCCAUAAAUUAUGAAUGGUCCCUAAUAUGUGAUAAGGCGAAAUAUAAUUUGUGUAUUUCACGACCCAUUUCACGUUGGCCAUGGUGGAAUUAUGCCCACUGCCCCAGACCAACUUUGUUAAUGUUAAAAGUGUCUUUAUUGUGAGUAGAGAACAAUGGACUUGCGAACAUUUCAGGGGUAUUCCUAUGUGUUGACACUAUUCAGGCUAGUAAUGUCCCAGGUCGGACAAUAAAAUAUUUCAUGAACA